UUGCCAUAAUCAAGAAAAGAUGUUGGAAACCACAUUGAAUACUUCCCUCACUUCAUUGAAAGUUUAAACCUCCAAAGCCUGCAAAUCCCUCACUUUCAAGCUUCCCCCACGUUCCUUCUUCACUUCUUCCACUCAUCAAUAUAUAUAUAUAGACACCUAGCUACCUUCUUAGUAGCUUGCAUGUGUAGCAAAUAAUAAUAAAGCUUGUUUUUUGAGGGAGUUAAGUUAAGUUAACCCCUUUGGAAAACAAGACAAGCUCUUAUUAUUGUUGCUAUGGCUAAGUACAACAAGGAGAGAAGCAUUAAGGUCCAUGAUGGUGAUGAAAAGGGAAAGCAAGGAAGUAAAAACAAUAAUAAUGGUGGAAUUAGUAGAAAGUGUGCAUUGUUGGUGAAGGAGCAACGUGCUCGUCUUUACAUACUUCGUCGUUGUGCAACUAUGCUUCUAUGUUGGUACAUUCAUGGAGAUGAUUGAUCAAAAACACUACUUUCAACUCAUCAAACUCAAUCAUCAUGUAUCCUCUUCUUUUUCUUCCUCUAACUACUUCAUCUCAGUUGCCAAAAUGAUUUUUUUUUUUUUAGUUUUCCAGGACAAGUCAAGGACUAAUUCGCCACAGUACGUUCUAUUUAAGAGUUUGUCGCUCGCCAAUAGAUUAUUGCAUGCACAAAGCAGGAUUCGAACUUUGACACUUGCACUAGUGAGCUAACUACUAGACCAAGUCAAUUUGGUUAGUUUCCAAAAUGAAUAUGAU